CAGCUGAAGAAAACCCCAUAAUCAUGGAGGACCGUAUACUGGCAGAUGUAGAAAUGAAAGAAGGAGCGGGGUAUAAAGAAGCUCUGCAGAAUAGCCUAAUAGUCAAGAAGGCAACUACGCACUCUGUAGCAAGU